CAUUAAUAAAUAAUUACUAAAUGCAUUAGUUAUCUUUUAAUUACCUUCCUGUGUUACUCUUACUGUAAAGUGUUACUUUUGCUGACAGGCCAUAAAAUAUUUCACAUCAGUUUGUGAGUGAUGUCUGCUCAGUGUGUUGUCUGUUACAGUUUUUACGUCUUCAGCACUAACAGGUGAGUCACUGGAUGAUUUUCCUGACACGGCUAACAAGAUUCUUUUCACUAAGUCUAUUAAGUUGUAAUCCGUAUGGAAGAAGAGGCGGUUGGAGCGAAUCUGGCAUCGAAACAAAGCAGGAGAAGUGAAGCAGAAGCAAAGCAGCCCACAGAACAGAGUCCUUUGCUGAUUCUUCUUGUCUCCUCUGUUUUACUGUGAACUCUGUGGGACUGUCUGGUUUAGGAGGAAGCCAUCUGGCUGGAGGUUAUCCGGGAUUUUUCCCUCUGAGCCUUCAGCCUGCUGCAGCCUCCAGCACCGGACGCCACUCCAGAUUCUGUCUUGUCAGACAUAGGAUGAGUGAAGGAGCAACACAUAUGUUCAUCUAACAUCUGUUAGAGGAGUAGGAACGUGGACGUUCCCUCCAGUCACCAUGGAGUCAGUGGUAAGAGUAAAAAAGUCCCUGAGGACGCCCAUCAGGAAGCUGACCAGCUGUGUGUCAGAGGUGAAGGAGAAGAAACGGUGCACCAAACGCAGGAACAAGAGGUGCAGAGGAGGAAGAGGUGAAUGCAACAGGCUGAGGAAGACCCUGGCUCCCCGACAUGCGCACGCCAAAGACCCAUUAUUUAACUGGACCUAUUUGUGUUUUAUCAGAAAGCCGCGUGAAGCCAUGAACAGUCAGAAGAACGCAGCACGAGCGGCUAUGAGGGAUCACUUCAGGAGGAAAUAUCGUCUGUCUGAGAAUGCCAAGGACACCAACCACUUGAAGUCUGCCGGAGGGAACGUGCUGUCAAAGCUCAUUCAUCCUGAUAUUAAAACCAAGGAUGAUGGCUACAACCUGCUGAGUGCUUUCCAAGGCCUCACCUUUGGCACAGAGGUGCUCACAAGGAGGAAACUGAGCAAAACACCCAUGAGCACUCGAGCGAGAGGCCACUCUUGUAAUAUCAUGACCCCACUGAUUUAUUCAGUAAACGCCUCUUUGAACCAGAGCUACUGCGUCGAGUCCCGCAUUUGUCUCCAGCCCCUUCUCUGUUCGACAAACCUGAUACUGGCACAGUCAGUCAGAAACUGCAGGCAGUGUCAUGGGUGUGAUGGGGACAGUGAGGGAUAUGGAGCUGGAGAUGGAGGAGCGAUACGAACACUCACAGUUUUGCAUGAGAUGAGGAGACACAUGCUGUUUGUUGGUUUGGCUGUUCGGAGCAUGUCCGUCCAGGCCAUGGUGUCUGUCAGUGCACAGGUCAUCUGCAGCCCGAUUCACGUUUUAGGUGGAACGUCUCAAAGGACUUUUUGUGUGAUAGCAGCCAAAAAGGUGCUCAAUGGAAAUGAGGAGGGCACAAGACUUAAAACGAGGGGUGUCAGCGGACAAGUGCGGAACUUUGAGGAAAUCCCUCACACAGGGAGGAGCGGAUGGCUCAACUUAGUGAAGUUCUGGAGAGAAGAUCGGUUCCGGCUGCUCCACAAACACAUGGAGAGCACCUUCAAUGCCCUGGGCCCCAUCUACAGGGAACACCUGGGCACCCAGAGCACUGUCAACAUCAUGCUGCCAUCUGACAUCAGUGAGCUGUUCCACGCUGAGGGUCUGCACCCUCAACGUAUGACAGUGCAGCCGUGGGCCACACACCGAGAGAUCCGCCAACACAGAAAGGGAGUCUUCCUCAAGAAUGGUGAGGAGUGGCGAGCCGACCGUCUGCUCCUCAACAAGGAGGUGAUGAAGACCACGGCUGUGAAGCGUUUCCUUCCUCUCCUCGAUGAGGUGGCGAGAGAUUUCUGUCGAAUACUGCAGUACAGAGUGGAGAAGGAGGGAAGAGGGGAUGAAGGGAGACGGACUCUAACCAUCAAUCCCAGUCCUGACCUCUUCCGCUUUGCACUGGAAGCCAGUUGCCAUGUGCUGUACGGGGAACGUAUUGGACUCUUCUCCUCCACUCGCUCUAUGGAGUCUGAGAAGUUUAUCUGGGCUGUGGAGAGAAUGCUUGCAACAACCCAACCUCUCCUUUACCUGCCCCAUCGCCUGCUGCUCCGCAUCCAUGCGCCCCUGUGGACCCAACACGCCACGGCAUGGGACCACAUCUUCAGCCACGCUGAGGCGAGGAUUCAAAAGAGCUACCAGCGCCUGUCAUCAUCCCAGAAUCGAGUGGGCGAGGUUGGGGCAGAAGGACACCGGUACACUGGAGUUCUUGGCCAGCUCAUGGAAAAAGGGCAGCUAUCUUUAGACCUCAUCAAGGCCAAUAUCACUGAGUUGAUGGCUGGGAGUGUUGACACGACGGCUGUGCCGCUGCAGUUUGCCCUGUUUGAGCUGGGCCGCAAUCCGGAGGUGCAGGAAAGGGUCAGGAACCAGGUGAGGAUGUCAUGGGCACAGGCUGGAGGAGAUGCACAGAAAGCCCUGCAGGGGGCGCCACUACUUAAAGGCACAAUCAAGGAGAUUCUCAGGCUAUAUCCAGUGGGAAUCACGGUGCAGCGGUAUCCAGUCAGAGACAUAGUUCUUCAGAAUUACCACGUGCCUGCUGGGACCCUGGUGCAGGCCUGCCUAUACCCCAUGGGCAGGAGCCCACUGGUGUUUAAAGAUCCACUCUGCUUUGACCCUGACCGGUGGAGUCAGGGCAGAGAGGAGGGAGAGAAAGAAAGAGUAGGAGGUGGCACAGGAGCAGGGGCAGGGUUUCGCUCCCUGGUAUUUGGGUUUGGAGCGAGGCAGUGCGUCGGGAGGAGGAUUGCUGAGAACGAGAUGCAGCUCCUCCUCAUGCAUAUCCUGCUAAACUUCCAGCUCAGUGUGCCGUCAUCAGCAGAUCUCAGCACCACAUACACCUUAAUCCUCCAGCCCGAGACACCACCAAAAAUAACUUUCACCAAAAUCACACACUUACCAUAGAAAAGACAUGAGCAACUGGUGGCCUAGGGGCCAGAUAAGACCAUCAUCUUUAACCAUUACGGCCCACUAAAGAAUAUCCAGUAUCCAAUAUCCAAAAAUAAAUGUCUAAACUUGUUUUUGCU